CAUCUCUGGCUGUCUUCACACUGAUCGCUCAGUUUGCAGCAUGUCGUCGGCCGACAGGGAGCAGAACGUCACGGCAGCUGACUGGACGCAGGUGUACGAGGCGGCCCGCUGGAUCCAGCUGCUCAUGGCGCUGCUCAGCGUUCUGGGUUCAGGCUCCAUCAUCGUCUGCGUGAUGAUCCGGAGACUCAGCCGGACGCCGGAGCUGCAGCCUCUGUUCCUGCUCAGCGUGUCCGACCUGCUGCUCGCUCUCUGCUGGUUGAUCGGAGCUGCUCUCUUCUGUGAACGCUGCCGCAGUCUGAACACACUCUGCUACCACCUGCACGCUGUGGAACAGAUUCUGUACAUGACGUCCUUCUUUUACACACUCAACUACGUGUUCAGCCUCUACAGCGGAAUCAGAGAGAAGUUCUACAACUGCAUGAAUGGAUAUCCUGGACAGUUUUCCAACAGACUGAGCACCGCGAGUAAAAUCACUGCGCUGCUUUCAGGUGUGUUUCCUGUGCUGCUGAUGACGCCCGUCUUUAUACAAGGAAACAUCAGCCGAUGUGAAACCAACGCCAGCGAGACGUCCAGGUGUCUGCUGAUGCACACACUGUAUGUGACCUCAGAGCAGCAGCAGCCAAUCAGAGCCUGCAGCCUGCUGCAUACGUACCGCACCGCCGUCUUCCUCGCCACCUUCCUCCUCACACUUGUCAGCAUCACAGUGCUCGUGGUCAGAGCUCGCCGUAUCUACAGGCGGGUGGUGACGUCCAACGGUUACCUAGGCAACCAGCAGCGGGCCUCCUUCCGUGUGAUGGACCGGCGGAUGCUGCUGUACCCGCUGAUCUUCGUCCUCUGUUGGGGUCCAGCCGCCGCUCUGGCGUUCCUCCGGCUGGUGGAGCCCUCAGCAGGUCAGGGCGUGGCCGGGGUCGCCCUCUACAUAUCUCAGGCUCUCACCUCGACCUCUCAGGGUUUCCUCAUCUGUCUGGUGUACGGGUGGACGCGCGCACGUCUCCGCCGGGCCGCCGGGACGGUUUUCUCUCGAGACGUGGACACUCAGACGCCUCUGCUGAGAUCACAGAAGCAGAGAAGCUACCAAACACUUCGCACCGGCUGAGGGAGAAACACACAGGGGAGCAACCUGAAAGUGAAACAGGUGUUUUCUAGAGGAAAGUGUGAACUGUCACUUUCACUGGAGGGGAAACCCCGCGGCUGCUCUCUGCGGAGGACGCAGCCUCCCCCCUCUGAUCCUGAACCAGCGAGGCGAGGAAGGGGGAGAAGGACACGCAGGUUCACGAAAAAGAAAACAGGAUUUGAAAGCGACGUGGCUGCACAGACUCACAGCUGCUCCGUUACGCUGCUCUGCAGGUCACGUGACCCCUGUGGGUCCGAGGCGGCCAAUCUUCAUCAGCAGCUUUGACAUUAAAGGAAUCUGAUUCAAAAACAACUCAACAGAAUCUGAGCCGAACUAAAUUAUAUCGUUUUCAUGCACAACAGAAAACAUCUCCAACACUUUGUUUACACUAAAAGAUCUUUAAGCUGUAAGUGAUUCAUAUUAAAGAACAGUUCUGCUCUCA